ACCUACACGAACCCAGACAGAAAAUAAUCUUGCAACAAAGCUUCAAAAAUAAGCAACCAAUAAUUAAAUAGACCAAGUUGAAUUUAUAAAUUUUCGAUGUGCCGUGAUGUAUUAAUGUACAUUUUCAUUUCACAUAAAAUUACCAUAAAAUGAAGUUUCAGUUUCGUGUCACCGGUUUAGUCAAAGAAACAAGCUAUGCAUUGAUAGUUUAUUCAAUUUGCAUAAUAGGGGGGAUUGCGAGAACCUACAUGGUGUUUUUGUUUCAUCAGUUGGAUCUUCCAGAGUCUAAAAUCGUUGUAAAUGAUGAACAGAAAUCUUGGAUUGGUAGUUCGUUGGGAAUUUUAUCACCAAUAGGAUGCGUGCUUUCCGGAACAUUGAUGGAUUUGUUUGGAAGAAAGCUUUACCUUUUUGUUAUGUUCAUACCACUGGUAGUUUCAUGGAUAAUUAUCGCUUUAGCAAGUAGUUACGAAAUGCUCAUUUUCGGAAUGAUUAUUCUAGGAUUUGGCAUGGGAAUGGGAUUCUGCGUCAGCACCUACAUAUCAGAAAUUUCAUCACUUUCACACAGAGGUGCUCUUCUAGGACUGUUAACCGUUUUUUACAACCUAGGUCCAGUACUAUCCAACACACUGAUGUAUUUCAUGACAUGGAAGCUCUGUGCUUGGAUCUACGCCUUGUUAUGUGUUUCCUUCAUGCUCUCCACGUUCUUGCUCCCGGAAUCUCCCGUAUGGCUUUACAGCAAAGGAAAAAAAGAGAUUGCAAUUCAAACUUUGUGUUCAAUUCGAUGUUCAAAUAUAAACGACAUUAAAACGGAAAUAGAAGAUAUGGAGAAAUCAAACACAAACAAAUCUGAAAGAGCAUCUUUCACCAACAUUAUUAAGAAAAUGUUUGGUGCUUGGAAACCUUUCCUCAUUGUCGUUGUAUUGCAGCUUAUAAUGCAACACACAGGUUAUGCCAUUUUAAUUAGUUAUACGAUGUUAAUCUUUGAUCGAUUACGAUUACCGAUUGAUAGCUCAAAAUUCUCCAUUGGGUAUGCGAUUGCUGGCGUCAUAGGUUCGGUAAUUGCUCCUUAUGCUAUGCAUAGAACGAAACGCAAGACUCUCCUGGCAAUUUCUUCGUCAAUUAUGGGAUUAUGUACUGUGGUAAUUGGUACUUAUGAGGAAAUUUUCUAUGAUCGUGACGAUAAAUUUUUUCCUCACAUUGUAUCCAUAUCAUUCUAUGUGUAUGCUGUGGCGUGUAAUGCUGGAGUUUUGCUGAUUGCUUAUAGCGUUGGCAGCGAGGUAUUUCCCAACGAAGUUCGUGGUAUUAUGAAUGGUCUUUAUGGGGUAUUUAGCUACUUCUAUUGGAGCGUCGCGAUUAAGUUUUAUCCAACUUUGAUAAAUAUUUUCGGUGUCAAAAUCAUAAUAUGGUCUUUUGCUGGGUUCUGUUUUUUGGUCACUGCAUAUAGCUGUUUGAUUUUACCAGAAACCAAAGGUAUGACCCUGAAUGAAGUACAAGAAAAAUAUUUCCAAAAAAAGAAUAAACCAAAUCGAAAAACCAAGAUGCAUAAUGAUCUCGUUUUACAAUGAAAUUCAGGUGGAUAAGUAUUGUGCAUGCCUGUCACACCACCUCUCCCCCAUACUUGUUUUGCAAAAAGGAGAGUAGAUAUUUCAUGCCCUUCCUUCCAUCACAAAAUCUAGCAUUUAUUUCAUAGAUUUAUCAAUAAUUAUGUGAGGCAAGAUUUUUACUAAUAGGUAUGCGUGAUUAUUUCACUCGAUUUUAUGCCUUCCUCUCAGAAAUUUGGUUCAUUUUGAAAAAAAUCUAAUAAAACUUUAUACUUUCAGAUGAAGGAUUGGUGAACCGUUGGUGAUGGAAAUCUGCCAACUUCCUACAAAAACAAAACAAACAAAAAAGUUUUCAAUUUUUUUUUCUAAAAAUAUUAACUCCUCCUAACAAUAAAUCAUUCCAAAAACGUUUGUGCUCCUUUCAUAGAAAAAUAUGGAAAUGGAGGGUUCAAGUUAGCUGAAAUGUUUCCUCUCAGAAAAUUUGAGAAGUCAUCGAGAAAUAAACCUAUUCUGAUUUCCGUUGUUUAAAAUUCUAAUUCACUAUUCAUUAGGGUCAUUCCACGUCAAUUAGACCAAGAAGUGGUAGGGGGUUCAGCGAUUUUUUUGAAAUUUUUCCUGUGGAAAGACCUAACGAAGGGAUGACCAAUUGCGCAAAUCGCAGCCCUCUAGCCCAUUUCUAAAGGCAGCCGGGGGGUGUCAAAGUUUUUAGUGAACCUAAAUUAUAUCAUCCAUUUCAGCGGUGGAUAAUAACUCGAUAACCGCUGUACCUACCAAAAUGGAUCAUUUUCUCAUAGUUAGGGGUUUUGAAAGGCAAUUUGGUGAUAUCAUAAAAAUCAGUGUUGCCACUUUUUUCGUACAAAAAAUUAGCUCAAAAGUUUCAAAACGUAGUUUUCAUAUCGUUCCGACUCUCAAAAGUUCUGAAAAAAAUAUAUUAUGGACAACUUUUUAUGCUGAACAACAUAUUAAAAAAUUGGAAUGGUACCAUGUUGCAAAGUUGAUGUUAAAAAAUUUAAAGUUUACGAAAAAAAUCGAUUUUUUGAUUUAAAACAUGAAAAAAAGUUUUGAUAGGUGAAGUUGACCCAUUCUACCCAUAUUUUUACGUAUCUGUUGAAAAAGUUUAAAAAACCCUUUCACUCAAUGAAAUGAACUCCUCACAAAAAAAUCAAAAUUCGAAAAAAUUCAAUUUUCAAUUUCUUUGACACCCCCUGGCUGUCUUUAAAAAUGGACUGGAGAGCUGCGAUUUGCGCCAUUGGUCAUACCUUCGAAAGGUCUUUCCACAGGAAAAAUUUCAAAAAAAAUCGCCGAACCCCCCUACCACUUCCUGGUCCAAUUGACCCCCCUACUGACAAGAAAUACGCGGUGCUGCAUGGCGUAAAAAUGACAGUGCGUAUUUCAUGCAAUUAAAUGGGACUUCCCGUUGUGUACGCCUCGCGUAAGUGCGUAAACGCGGUCUAUACGCGGUGAAAAUGUCAUCCGUAAUCGCGGAUUUGCCCUUAUCCGCGGUCAAUCGCACACAAAACCGCGUAAACUUGACAGUAAACCGCGUUUUCAGGGGCGUUUACGCCAGCGUAAUCGCGGAUUCCUUGUCAGUAGGGCGUGAAAUGGCCCAUUAGGAAAAAAUUAUUUCAUCAAUUUGUUGAUUUAAUCAUUUAUAAUAAGGAAACCAUUGCCAACUCGUCAAGUGGAAAAAUCUAAAUUAUUACUUCUUCUACGCUCUUAAGUCGACCCCUUCCUAUUCAUGGAAUGAUGAGAGCAUUUUUGAAGAAUUAGAGAUUUCCCAAUUUGUAAAAAUGAUACACUUUUCAACUCAUCAUCUUGGAUUUGUGAUUCAUCUCAUCCUAAUCGAUUUGGAAAGUCAAACUUAUCACAGGAUUACAUUUUUAGCUGCUGAAAUUGAUUUUUAUGAGAGGGGUCAUUUUUAUUCUGAAAAAAAAAAAAAAAUGAUCACCAUAGAUGGAUAUUAAUUUGAAAAACAGUCUGUCCCAAA